UCACUUAUUCACGUGCAAUCAGUCGGUUUUCUGCUCGCCUCCAGUUAGACAUAGUUUUUAGCAUGGAUGCUUCUAAGAGCGGUGUCCGGGGAUCCUCCUUCAAGUACGGACCGGCUGUUCGGAUUGGCAUCGCUGUCCUGGUGCUCCACACGGUCGGCUGGCUGGGUUGGAAGGCGGUGAACCAGGGUGCGGAGUCCAAGGAGGCGGCUGCGAGUGCCCACCAAGAAAAACUACGAGCGGCGUUUGCGGAAAAGUGACAUAACGGGGGGAUAAUCAAUACUUCCUAAAUACAAGCCAUGGUAGACUGAUUCAGCUUAAGGUAAUUAUUUGUAGACACCAAUAAAAGGGCAAUGCAAAAUUAUUAAGCUAAACAUGUUUACUUUGUUUGUUUUUUUGUUUUGAUAAGUCGCUUCCAAGCUUGCUGUGCAAAGCUUUUACCAGUUAAUGAUUGUUUAUAAUAAAUUCAGUACGAAAAGGUUAUAAACAGUGCUAGCACUUAAAGAGUAAAACAGGAAACCAUGCAGGUUCGAAAGUGA